AUGGUGGAGUCAUUGCCCUGGAGCCAGCUGCUGAGGGUGAGACAGGUGGUAUCGGGGGAUGAGCUGUUUGAGAUGAGAGUGGACGAGAUGGGGAAGAAAUUCCUUGAUAGGGGUUAUCCGCGUAAACUAGUGGAGAGGAUCUCACAAAGGGUGGGGACGGUUGGCCGUGAGUCCAUGUUCCAAGGGAAGAAGAUGAUCAGCGGUUCAUCAGGGGACAGAAACAGCAGAUAUGAAGGAGAUGAUGGCAGCCUGGAUGAUGUGGGCGUGAAGAUAUUAAAAGUUUGCCUUCCUAUAUACAAGCGUCUUGAUGAAGUUAAGGUUCUUUGUGACUUCUUCUUGGUUCUUGGGCUUUUCGAAUGUUUCCAUGGCAGCAGCACCGGUAGAGUUGAUGACAGCUCAGACAAACAUUUGAUGCCGGAUUUUAGAACAGAUGAGUGUGGUGUCACAGAAGAUACACAUGAAGAGCAUGCCAUUAUCUCAGAAAAAUCCUCAGCCUUUCACAGCAAAGAUCUAUUAUCUAAUCCUUUGGAUGGAUUUCAAUCUUCUGAUUCAUCACAGACUGUAAAGCAAAAUAAAAGACACAGAAGAAGUGUUCAACAUCAAAGAAGUCACACGGGGGAGAAUGCUCUUUCAUGCUCAGAAUGUGGGAAACAUUUUAACUCUAAAUCACUUCUUGUUAGACAUCAGAGAAUUCACACAGGGGAGAAGCCAUUUUCAUGUUCAGAAUGUGGGAAAUGUUUUCAGACGAAAUCAUAUCUUCUUAACCAUCAGAGAAUCCACACAGGGGAGAAGCCAUUUUCAUGUUCAGAAUGUGGGAAAUGUUUUCAGACAAAAUCAUAUCUUCUUAUCCAUCAGAGAAUCCACACAGGGGAGAAGCCAUUUUCAUGUUCAGAAUGCGGGAAAUGGUUUCAGACGAAAUCAUUACUUCUUAACCAUCAGAGAAUCCACACAGGGGAGAAGCCAUUUUCAUGUUCAGAAUGUGGGAAAUUUUUUCAGACAAAAUCAUUACUUCUUAAACAUCAGAGAAUCCACACAGGGGAGAAGCCAUUUUCAUGUUCAGAAUGUGGGAAAUGUUUUCUGACAAAAUCAUAUAUUCUUGUCCAUCAGAGAAUCCACACAGGGGAGAAGCCAUUUUCAUGUUCAGAAUGUGGGAAAUGUUUUCUGCUGAAAUCAUGUCUUCUUAGCCAUCAGAGAACUCACACAGGGGCAAAGCCAUUUUCUUGUUUAGAAUGUGGGAAAUGUUUUGCUGAAAGAUCAAAUCUUGUUAGACAUCAGAGAAUCCACACAGGGGAGAAGCCAUUUUCAUGUUCAGAAUGUGAAAAACAUUUUAUAAGUAAAUCACAUCUUCUUAGACAUAAGAGAACUCACACAGGGGAAAAGCCAUUUUCAUGUUCCGAAUGUGAAAAACAUUUUAUAAAUAAAUCAUCUCUUGUUAUGCAUCAGAGAACUCACACAGGGGAGAAGCCAUUUUUAUGUUCAGAAUGUGGGAAAGGUUUUCAGCAGAAAUCACAUCUUUAUGACCAUGAGAGAAUUCACACAGGGGAGAAGCCAUUUUCUUGUUCAAAAUGUUCGAAAUGUUUUCAGCAGAAAUCACAUCUUCUUACCCAUCAGAAAAUUCACACAGGGGAGAAGCCAUUUUCAUGUACAGAAUGUGAAAAAUAUUUUAAGCAAAAAUCACAUCUUGUUAGACAUGAGAGAAUUCACACAGGGGAGAAGCCAUUUUCUUGUUUAGAAUGUGGGAAAUCUUUUACACAGAAAUCAGAUCUUGGUAAACAUCAGAGAAUUCACACUGGAAAGAAGUGA